AUGUUCGUCGCCGCGAGCACGGGGAUAAAGGUAGUCCUCAAGCUCCCUUUAUUUCUUCGUUCUUUCUCAUCUGAAACGCGGUUCCUGCACGUGGUCGCGAUCUCGACGAGCUGCGCCGUGAGCACGGGCCCACAGCUGAGCCCGCCCGGCACCCGACAAUGGGGCGGGGUCCCCUUCAGUGCCCCCGCACUGUCGCAGUACCCGCCUGAUACUCGCCGCGUCCAGCAGCCUCGGAGGCAUCUUGACACCUUUCAAGAGGCGCCUCCUCGUCGGGAAGUUCGAACUGAGCCGGACAUGCGCAAGGCGCCAGCCGGGGACUUCCCUGGCGCUGGGCCCGCUCCCAGGCCGCCUGUGGCCCAAAGUGGCGGAGUGCUGGGCGAGACCGACCAGAGGUGGCUGAAUCCUUUCGGCCUGGACGAAGCGAAGCAGGCCUUCGAUCCCAUGGGACUCCCACCUUCUGACUACAAGUCCAUGUUAACGAACGCGCGGCGCCUGAUGCAGACUCCGGGCAGGCCCUUUGAGUCUCCGGACUUCUGGCGCGCAGACGGGCGCGUGCCAAGCGUGCUGCACGUCUGA